GUCUUGUCGCCUACAGAGCAGAGCAUCCCGUCGCCAUCUUCUCCUGACUAUCGAACAAAGGGUCAGGGUGAUGAGAUGGAGCACUUCCACAUCCUUCCUCAGCUGCAGGCCAAGAGGGCCGACUUUCUCACUGUCAUGUUGACUGGCACCUUGCCUCAGCGCAGGAGCUUUGCCACACCCGAUGAAGAGGUCCCGGAACCUCUCGGGCCGAAGGACGACGACGUUACAAAAAGCGAGUCCAACAGCGAGGCCAGUCAAAAAAGUACUGAACGCAGCCAGGAUGCUGCGCCUUCAACACUCAUGGCUGAGGACCAGAGGGGCCCGCGGGAACACGCCUCAGCAGCGGACGCAGAUCCGGACCUGGAGGAUGCAUCCAAAACUCUUGUUCUCUUCUCCCCUGGAGACACUCGCAAGUCUCCCUGUGGCGGGGAACAUGUUGCUGACGGGGAAUUGGGCACGCCCUCCGCUCUAAAUUCCCGUAAUGACCGCCUGCUGAUUGGGGAGGGGAUUCAGCCUGAACUAUCUGAAACUGGCCGCCUGUCACCGGCCCUCAGGUCAGAACUGAGACCCUCCACCCCUAUUGCUCCUGGAUCACCUCCCUUUACCAAAGUUGAGCGCACUUUCAUUCAUAUUGCAGAGACAUCACACCUCAAUGUUAUGUCUUCCAACGGUCACUCUGCAAAGGACAGUGACCGGGAAGUCUAUACCGUCCCAAGGGAAUUGGCCACAGAGGUUGAUAGCCUUGAGCAGGAGGGGGUAUCACCGAUGAAAGAGACUGGAGAGGAGUGUGUGCCAGACCAAACCAGUGCAGAUGAGAAGCAACCAAAAACAGAAAACGGUCCGUCAGUCGUCUUCGCCGUGUCUUUGGAGACUGCCUCUAAAGUCACCUCACCAGUUCAUGAUCCUAAAGAUCCAUCGCAUGAAGCCAAGAAACAGCUAGCGUCCAGUGAGGAAGCUGCAAGGCCUCAGACUGCUGGGUUAGAGCUGUCGGCUGGCGCUAAGCCCAGAAUCCGAAGCAGGAUUCCCAUCCUUAUCUCUGAAGAGGACUCGGGCUCAGAACAGUCUUCUUCCCUCUCGGCUCGAGCUCGGCUUCAGCAGCGUGCCAGGCAGCUGGACCUGGCGCGCUUGCUGGUUCAAAAACAACAGGGUCGCUGGAUGAGGAGGAGGAUGCUGUCUGGGACUUCCUCGUCGUUGUCAUCUGGAGAAGAUGAGCGCUGGAGGGCUUCGGAGACUUUAUCCAUGACAGGCUCAGAGGAGGACAUGCAUACCUCGGACGAGUCUAGAAGGAGCUCCCGCCUCAAGACGACUGAAGAGCAAGGGUCCAAGGAGUGCAGGAGCAAAAUCCCUAGGCCUGUCACUCCCAUACAAAGACCUUCAGGGAGCAUCGCUGCUGCUCCUGCUGCUGUUCCUGCUGCUCCUGCUGCUGCUCCUGCUGCUGCUCCUGCUCCUGCUGCUGUUUCUCCUCUCUCCCUGUCAGACUCCAAAAAUACAAAAGGGGUUUCAUCUGUCAUCAAUGGAAAUACAAAAGUUGGCCUGACCACCCAAAGGAAACCUAAGCCUGUCUCAUCCCGCUCCUCCUCCUCGUGCCCUCGUCCCUCAGCUGUCUCCGGACCAAACGGCAGUCCUCGGAUGCCGCUGCGUUCCCUGCUAGGCGCUCGCCGCAGCCUUAGCUCCACCCACUGCAGGACUGACAGCCCCUCCCCUCAGAGGACAUGCCCUUCCAGACAGCCCCUCUCAGUUCGGGCCCCUACUGUCCCCAUGCUGCCACCCAGGACUACAGCAACUAUGCGUCGCAGCGCCUCCCAGGAAGCCACCAUGCAGACCUCCAUAGCCGCCGCGCCUGCCAGGACCAGGCCAAAACCCGCCAGUGGGGCUAAGGCUAAAGCGAAUACUAGGGAAAAGCCGGCGGCUGCUAGAUAAUACAGAGGGACAGAGUUCAGACAAGCUAAGCCUCAAAGGUUAUCACAACAACAGACUGUGAUGCUACAAUAAUCUCCAAGUCAUUUAAUGGAAACAAACAUUUGAUCUUUUUUUUUUUUUUUUUUUGAAGGACAGCUAACUGAACUUUAUUUGGGCUUCCAGUAUCCUGACUGACUGUCGUACAGGAGUGUUGCUGCCACGGUGCUAUGGAUGCGUCUGCUGCUGCCUGGCUGAUCCCUGAUUUAACUUCUUCCUCCAGCUGAGAGCCAUGCCCACCCCCCACCCCCCCGCGCCGUUUUCAGAUAUCCUCACAUAACCCAGUGCUCCCAGCCUCCCACAACUUUGCUAGUCUUCUGUCGACAAUACUCUGCUUGGUUCACAUUGCAUGAUAAUGUAGAUCACAAAUGCAUCGAAUCUGUUCAGGAAAAAACUAUAUUAAGACGGUUUAAUAUAGUUCUGCCUGUCUUAUUUUCCAUAAAUAAGCCAAAUUGGAGUGGAUCUAGCGCCAAAUUAUGUUGGCAUGGUAAAAGAGUCCCAAAUAUAUUCUGCACUCCUUAUGGCCUUGAAUGAAGAGAAGCAUUAAAAGUGGGCUCAGAAAGAAAUAGCUCAGCCGCUCGCCUCCUCCUCCUCAUGGUGUGACAUUGGGCAUGCUUUAAACAUUCUAUUUUUUUGAGGGUUUAUUUUGUUAAUGCUCCGAAUUGUACAUAGCAAAAUCAUUUCCAUGAAAGACUUCUUUAUUUUUUAUCUUGCCAAGCGAAUAUCAAACCUAACUCUUUAACCUUGUGUUUUAGUGUGUUGGUAAUAGGCCUGUUUUUUUUUGUUUUUUUGUUUGUUUUGUUUUUUGAUCGCAUGAGAAAAACAGGGGUAACCAUGCGACAAAGUUAUUCCUGCUUAAGUUUGGUGCAGACCUGUGCUGGAUGUUGGAGCCCACGCUAGUCUGGAGUUGCGGGGCACUGAGCUGUGAAGUAAAGUCUUGGUAACGUG